AUGGCUAAUUUCAUUCAGCCAUCCUUGCUUUGUUUGGAUGUCAGCAAAGGAUAUCCAGCGACAUACAACUGCACAGAGUUUCCAAAGAAUGGUACCAACAAUGAUGAUCCAGGAUCGAUUGCUAAAUAUAAUUUAGAAACAUAUAUUUUUUUUCCCAUCACUCUUCCCUUCAUCAUGUUUGGGCUGUGGGGCAACGGGACUGUCAUCUGGCUGCUUGGCGUCCGCAUUAAGAGGAGCACUUUCUCAACAUACAUUGUGAACCUGUCCGCUGCUGACUUCGGGUUGCUCAUUGUUGAAAGUAUUCUACUAAUAUACUGGAGCAUAACUAAUUUGUAUCGUGAUCUUAUAAGUGUAUUGUUCAAUGACCUCUUCCUAUUCACGUACAGUGUUGGCCAAUUUCUGCUGACAGCCAUCAGCAUUGACAGGUGUGUGUCUGUCCUCUUCCCACUUUGGUAUCGAUGUCACCGGCCAACACACUUAUCCAGCACUGUCUCUGCCCUGUUGUGGGUCCUGUCCUUUCUUCUCCCUGCAAUUCACUUCACUCUUUUCUUGACACAUGAAUUUACAUAUUAUUUCCUAAAACACUUGCAGUUCUUCAUAAAUGGCAUCAUUUGUCUCCCACUCUUAACUAUCUCCACUCUGACUCUGUUCAUCAAAGUCUAUUUUAAAUCACAACCAUACCAGCGAGGAAAACGUUUGGUAGCCAUCUUGCUGACUCUAUUCUUCUUUCUCAUUUUUUCUUUCCCACUGAAUGUUUUUUCCUGUAUGAAAGUGCUUAAUCAGCACUUGCCCUCCCAUAUUAUGCGUUAUGGUUACUUCUGUGCCUGCCUAAACAGCAGUGUUAAUCCAUUGAUCUAUUUCCUGGUUGGGAGACAGAGGGGGGACAAUACUAGGAGAAGCAUGGAGAGUAUACUAAAGAAAAUCUUUGUGGAGGAGGGAGAGAGUAGAGAGGAACUGGAAACCUAG